AUGUUCCGCUCCAUCCUCCCGUACGGGCGGCGUAGUAGGACCUUCCAAGUUCUCAGCUCGAUCCUCGUCUUCUGCAUCCUACUCUCGACACUUAGGUUAUACCGGCGGCACGCGGAACCCCCACGGAGCAUCUACGAAUACACAGAUGGGAAGACUAGGGGCCCGCGGUUGAACGAGACCGGGAUCCAGCGCCCGCCCUCCGGCGAGACAACGUACCUGAGGUACCUGGCCCGGCAGUACGAGCUCUCGGACGAGGUCCAGUAUUUCGCGCGGCGGAUACGCCCGCGCGCUAACGCCCGGGGUAGAGAGAGCAUAACGCAGAUCGCGACGGCGAGAUUCGAGCCUCGGGGGGGAUUCCGGCGGAUCCGGGUCGACGACGAGGGGCUCGACUUGCACGUCGCGGAGGAGGAGGAAGCGAUCAGCAUCCCGGUCGCCAAGCCCGCGGCGUCGGAGCACCCGGACGCUUCGCCCCUGCUGUUCGGCAUCUCCACGUCGUACGACCGCCUGACUCGCGCGCGCGCGUCGCUGGUCGGCGACUGGGCGCGGUGGCUGACGGACGGCAAGGGGGGCUCGAACGGCGCGAGCCUGGUGCUGACGCUGCGGCGGGCGAGCAGCGCCGAGAUCGGCCACGUCAGCAGCAUGCUGCGCGACGCGGGGAUCGACGCGGUCGUGCUCGCGGCCGAGGACGGCUCCCGGGACCCCGCGGCGCGGUACCUAGACCUCGUCCGCACGCUGACCGGCCGCCGGGCCGAGCUCCUGCGCGCGGAGGGCCGCGAGAAGAGCUUCCUCGCCCUCGUGGAUGACGACGUGUUCUUCCCGUCCGUCGGGCGGCUCAUGGCCCGGCUCCGCAGGUACGACGCCCAGAGCACGGCCUACCUCGGCCUGCCCAGCGAGCGGUCCGACUGGGUGGUCGAGCGCAAUACCACGCUGACGUACGGCGGCGGGGCCGUGCUCCUGACCCCGCCGGCGGCGGAAGUCGUGUCGAGGCUGCCGUGCCUCAACGGGACCUCGCGGGGCCCCGACUCCGACCCCGGGAGCCGGACGAGCCAGUGGGACGAGAUGCUGUACAACUGCGUUGUCGAGCACACCGACGAGAAGCUGCACGUAAUCCCCAGCCUGUACACGCCCAGGGACGGAGACGUCGGCGACGAGGCAACGGGGACCGGGUACGGCGACGGCGCGCGGCCCCUCACGCUGCACCACUACGGGCACCGGCACCGCUUCGAGCCCGGCAAGGCGCACCUCGUGACGUCGCUGUGCGGCGAAGCCUGCUUCCUGCAGCGGUUCCUGUUCCGCGCCGACAGCUGGGUGUUCGUCAACGGGCACUCGGUGGCGCAGUACCCGGACGGCGUGGACGUCACGCAGCCGGCGCCGAGCGGCCGGCGCGACGACGAAGGCAACUACCGCACGGAUAGCGGAGACGGAGAGAGGAGGAGGAACGCCGGACAGGGCGGCGGGGGCGGCAAGGAAGGACGCGCCAAGGCGCCGCGCCGGAUCAGGGUCGGAGAGCGUCUCGUCGUAGACUCGGGGGGCGAGGGCGGCGAGGGCCCCAGCGUGGUCUCCUGGGCGGGCACGAGGCGCACCUGGCGCCUGCUGGACGCGCGCGCGGGGCCGAGCAGCGGCGGCGGCGGCGGCGGGGAGGUCUGGCAGGCGUAUGUGCGGCGCCGCGGGCACCACCCGCUCCCGGCAGACGAGGACGGCACGGGGCACACGCAGGACGGGCCGACGGACGCGGACUCGGUGAUCGUCCUGAUAUGGGAGCCGCCGUCGCCGCCACUGUCGUGA